AUGGCAUGCUUCUUGGAAACUCCACCCACACCCACCCUUCUGCGUACACCAGUCGAUGCGUUUCGUCCUCUAUUUAUCCUCCUUCCCCAGACCGCUCGGCCGUUACAUGCUGCACUUGUCCGUUUCCCCCAGCGCCAUCUUCCAUGCUAUGUCGACAUGUGGUCGCUCUUUCUGAUGCCCUUUGCGCUGCUGCUCGCAAUCGUAGCAGCAGAUGAUCCCGUAGUAACCUCGGAUAAGAUCAAGGUUUUUCUGUUCGGCGCGCCCGCCUUCUACUCCGAGGUGGGCGUCGAGGUGCGGAAUAAUACGUGUCUGAGUCUGGACAACAAUCUCAUCGACGGCCGUGUAAAGUCGGCUCUGGUUGGCGGACAUGACGUCUUGUCAGUACAAGCCCGAACCGACAGGUGGUACUGUGUACUGUGGGAUAAUUACGAUUGCCAAGGCGAGAACGAAUCGAGGCUUUUCGUGCCUGGGGGUGAAAACAAUCUGAUGAGUGCCGGUUGGGGAUCGCGAGUACAUGGUGUCCAGUGCUUCAACCCGGGCGACGACGAAGAAGACUGAACAAGUGCGCCUACUCAAAACACGAACAAACAAUCCGCCACAUCGAAUCGAACCAUCAUGGCAAACCACUCCCAGGAAAGCGAAGCCCUCCACCGAUAUCGGGGACGUGUGGAUGGUGCAUCUCGCCGGGGGCUGGGUCGCGUUGGAAGCAUGAGGGGCCUGGUAGUUGCCUUGCGAGCUGGGUAAUAACGGCACCCAGCAUUGUGUCGCGUCGCGGGACUUCGCAGAAUUCCAGAUGUGCCUCUGACAGCAAGCACAGGGGAGUGGCACAACAACCUAUUCGACAAUUCGAUGAGUGUCAAGAUACACCUUCGCCCCCGAAUGAGUUGCAACAAUCGAUGUAUGCUCCAGACCUAAACGACCAAGUAUCGUCGCUGUCCCCAGGAAGAAGAGGUUACCACACAGGAGAAUGUUAUAUCAAUACGCAGUGGUUCCACAAGGUACAUGUAGUAAUAAACAAAGUUCAUCAGCGGAGCUACACCUCCGCAGUAAUGGACACAAUACUACUCCUUACCAUCACCUCAAUCUACCUGGUUGAUCCUCCCCUUUCUCUUAUUACGAAUUGCUGCUUUUUGAUU